AUGGCCAGCAAGGACUGUGUGAAAGUGGCAGUCAGAGUCAGGCCUUUCAAUAAGAGAGAGCGGGAUGCAGGCAGUCGCUGUGUGAUCUCAAUGACUUCGAACAAUAUCAGUAUUCAGGACCCUCGCAACCCGCAGAACAGCCGCACCUUCACUUUCGACUACACUUACUGGUCCCAUAGUGGCUUCAUUAGAAACAAAGAUGGUCUGUUUGUACCUGAGGAGGCAGGUGGGCGCUAUGCAGACCAGACAAGUGUGUUUCUGGAUUUGGGGCAAGGUAUUUUGGAUAAUGCACUGCAGGGCUACAAUGCCACAUUGCUGGCAUAUGGGCAGACUGGCUCUGGGAAGAGUUACUCCAUGAUUGGUUAUGGUUCUAACAAAGGCCUCAUACCCACCCUCUGCGAGAGACUAUUUCAGUCUAUCAGGAGCACACAAGACAGCAGGCAGUGUCAGGUAUUUUUCAGCAUGCUGGAAAUCUACAAUGAACAAGUUGUAGACCUGCUCUCAAAGAUCAGCCGAUCUGCGGGUGGUCUGCGGGUGAGAGAGGACCAACAGAGGGGUUUCUACGUGGAGGGGCUAAAGCGGGUGCCCUGCGACAGUGCAGUACAGGUGGAGCAGCUGAUGGAGCAGGGAACACGCACGCGCACCACUGCAGCCACACACAUGAACGCCAACAGCAGUCGCUCGCACAUGCUCAUCAUCGUCCAGCUCAAACAGAUCUUCUCAAAGGAGUGCAUCACCAAACAGUCCAACAUUUACCUAGUGGACUUGGCUGGUAGUGAGAGACAAAGGUCAUCAGGGUCAGAGGCCGACAGGCUUAAAGAGGGCACUGCGAUCAAUCUCAGUUUAACCACACUUGGAAAUGUCAUCAGUGCUCUAGCAGACACGGCUCUUGGGAAGAAAGUAGUUCACAUCCCUUAUAGAGACUCUGUCCUCACCAAAUUACUGCAGUCUGCUCUUGGUGGUAACAGUCGAACCGUCAUGAUUGCAACCUUAAGUCCUGCAGAUAUUUGCUAUGAAGAGUCUCUUUCUACUCUUCGAUAUGCAGAGAGGGCCAAGCGGAUCCAGAAUAAAGCCGUGGUGAAUGAGAGUCCCACAGAACGACUGGUGAAGGAACUGAAGGCAGAAAAUGCAAAACUACUUAUGAGACUAAGCCGACUGGGCCAAGACGGCCGUAAAGCUGAUGAUGAGACGAAGGAGCUGCGGCGAUUGUUGACUCAUAAUGAACUGCAGAUUCGGGCCAUUCAGACAUUGUGGGAACAGCAUCUCCAAGAGGCCUUAAAAGACUGGGAGACUCAGUAUGCAACUAUAACACAGGAACGAAGGAUGAUGCAGAUGCAUCCGUACAUAAUGAACAUCAAUGAGGAUGCCCAGCUUUCUGGUGUGGUGAAGCUAUUCAUACAGGAAGGUGAAUGGGAUAUUGGUCUGGCAGACAACUCGCCCAGAGUGAUCUCUAUUAGGGGUCUAGGCAUUCAGGAGAAACAUGCUGUGUUCUCAAACCAUCAAAAGAAAGUUUUAAUUACUCCUGUGUCCGGGUCAAAGGUCAUUGUCAAUGGAGUGCCGGUAUCUAAAAGGAUAGAGCUGCAGCAUUUGGAUCGACUUGUCCUGGGCUCGAACAGCACUUACCUGUUCAUUGGCUUCCCAUCGGAGCGCUCAGGAGAGGACUGGAGUCGCUAUGACUAUGAUUACUUCCAGUCUGAGCUGGCAGAGGCCGAGGGCUUCCACAUUCACUCUCUGUUGGAUUCGAACCCAGGGCCACACCAGCCUGACCCCAGUCUACUGCCUGUGUUCUAUGACUAUAUAAAGCUGAUGCCCAUGGUGACAGAAGCUAAUCAAAUGAGUAAAGAGUUAAAGAAGGGAGUUGAAUUCAAAUUGGAAAUCAAGAAUCUGGCAAUGACAGACUCUAAGGGUCAUGACCUGGAGAAGGACAUUGCGGUGAGAGUGACGUCUAUAGAGAGCAAACAGGUGUGGAUGUGGUCCAAAGCCAAAUUUGUCAACCGUAAGUUUCUGAUGGAAGAGGCGUACCAGCAGCAGGUGGGUGGAGGAGAGGGGGCAGACCGAGCUCCUCUUCCCAGGGAAAGAGAUCCGUUCUGGGAUCCUCUGGAGCCCCUGCACCUGGGCAGUGCUCACCUGUGGCUGCAGUCGCUGGCGUUCCGCAUCCCUCUGGAGGAGCAGGUGGAAGUGGUGGGUCCCGAAGGAACGGAGGAGGCCAUACUGCAGACACAGCUUGUGCCCUGCAGCCCCAUGGGAUUGCCCCUGGGUGAAGAUGACAUCCUUAUUGACCCGUCAGAGCUGCUUGGGAAGCGGCUGGACUUUCAGCUGGUUUUGGAUCAGUGCUGUGGCCUACGCUGGGUUAAAGAGGCUCGCAACAGAGGCGUGCAGAUUGGGUUUCGGGUGUUUGACUGCCCGCAGCCCCUCUACACUCCAGCGAUAUGGCACAAUGUGAACCCGCUGAUGGACCACAGAGUCCAGUUCACUGCUUUGAGAACCUCUCAGGAACUGUUGAACUACCUGCAGAGCAAUGCCCUGGUACUGCAGCUGUGGGGUCUGCAGGAAGGAUGCUCUGAGUUAGUCUCCUGUAUGGAUGGGGUGAAGAUGACUCAAGAGGACAUCAUCAUUAUUGACAAGAUCAGUGCAUCAGAACACCAGACUGCAGAAACCAGAGGCUCUGACCUCAGCUCAUCUCUCCGAGCCCUUCAUCAAGAUAUGGAACAGCUGAGAAAUGUAAAUGCAGCACUAAGGAAAGAAAACAGCUGUCUGAGAGAGCAACUCAACUCAGCCAGAAAUGGUGUGGAGAAUAACCGCGGUCGGCAGGAACGAAGAGGCAGUCUGAGGCCCAGCUGUGAUGCUGAAUUUGCCAAAGCCUUAAAAGUGUUCUACCACAGCAUGACCUCUGUUAGGGGGCAACUUCAGCGGCUGCGCAGACACAAACCCAGUGAAGAAGCAGACCUGUUGGGUUUUAGACUGUUUGUUGAUGAGCAUACGUAUCUUCUGAAGGACUUUUCUGAACAGCUGGAACAGUGUGUAACCACUCUGAAACAAGAUGUGGCUGCCAUCGUACGUCGAAAGAGAGAAAAGUCUGGGAUUUGGUCCUGA